CGGCCUGGGAGGCGGCGGGGGAGCGCCUGAGAGCACAGUGGCCGCGGCCGCUGACAGGUCCCGCGCAGCCGGACUCUGCCACGCGACUCCCAGGUGGGGCGAGAGAGCACUUUGGAGCAGCAGGGAGCUCACCAAGAGGGGUGGACUGCUCGGCGCGGGCCUUCUGGCUCCCGCUUGUGCAGAGGGACUCCAGGGGACUUCGCCCGAGAGCCGAGAGGGCGCGCCCAGGCGGACCAGGGGAGCAAGGAAGCCGCGGCUGGGAGGCACGUUCGCUUGCCGCUAUCUGGAGAGCACGGAGCUCUGCAGUCCCGGAGCGGCGCGUCCCCUCACCCGGACGGAGCGAGGGAUGCACGGUCACUGAGCAGAGAUUGGUGACGAGAGGUCGCUCGGGGCCGGCGCUGAGACGCACGCCUUCUCCACUGCCGCCAAGACUCCCAUUUCUGCGAGUCUCAGGGGACUGGGGCGCCAAGCGCUGCCCCAAGCCUUGGAACUUGGCGAAUCUAAGACGAUGGUUUCUUAAGCACGGCACCACGUCCCUCUUCCUGUCCCCUCGAUCGGAGGCAGGGAUCCCUUGCAGGGCUCCCGGGAUUCCGUCUCCCCGAGGAGCCCCGGCUGCCGCCUCCCGGGGCAGCUCGCACGGCCGCAGGGACGCACGGGCGAUGCGGCCUCGGUCCAGCGCUCAGGCCUUCCUGGAGGAUGUCAUGGCACCUGGCGGAGUCCCGGCCUAGCAUGGCCCGCGUGCUGCCCGACGUCGCCUCCGGCUAGGAUGGCCCCUCCGGGCCCGGCCGGCGCCCACCCCACCUCCGCGGAGCCGCUGUCCCGCAGCAUCUUCCGGAAGUUCUUGCUGAUGCUCUGCUCCCUGCUCACGUCCCUUUACGUCUUCUACUGCCUGGCCGAACGCUGUCAGACCCUGUCGGGUCCCGUCGUGGGGCUGUCCGGCGGCGGCGAGGAGGCGGGGGCCCCUGGUCGCGGUGUCCUGGCCGAAGGCCCGAGGGAGCUGGCGGUGUGGCCCGCGGCGGCGCAGAGAAAACGCCUCCUGCAACUGCGGCAGUGGCGGAGGCGCCGGCGGCCCUCGCGGCGCGAAAGUGGCGAGGAGGCCGCCUGGGAAGAAGAGACCCCGGGGCUGGCCGGGGGUCCCGGCGGUUCCGGAGCCGGGAGCAGCGUGGCCGAGGCCCCUCCGGGGACCCUGGCGCUGCUGCUGGACGAAGGCAGCAAGCAGCUGCCGCAGGCCAUCAUCAUCGGCGUGAAGAAGGGUGGCACGCGGGCACUGCUCGAGUUCCUGCGCGUGCACCCCGACGUGCGCGCCGUGGGCGCCGAGCCCCACUUCUUCGACCGCAGCUACGACAAGGGCCUCGCCUGGUACCGGGACCUGAUGCCGAGAACCCUGGAGGGGCAGAUCACCAUGGAGAAGACGCCCAGUUACUUUGUCACGCGGGAAGCGCCCGCGCGCAUCUCGGCCAUGUCCAAGGACACCAAGCUCAUCGUGGUGGUGCGGGACCCGGUGACCAGAGCCAUCUCGGACUACACGCAGACGCUCUCCAAGAGGCCCGACAUCCCCACCUUCGAGAGCUUGACGUUCAAAAACAGAACCACGGGCCUCAUCGACACGUCGUGGAGCGCCAUCCAGAUCGGCAUCUACGCCAAGCACCUGGAGCACUGGCUGCGCCACUUCCCCAUCGGCCAGAUGCUCUUCGUGAGCGGGGAGCGGCUCAUCAGCGACCCCGCCGGCGAGCUGGGCCGCGUGCAGGACUUCCUGGGCCUCAAGAGGAUCAUCACCGACAAGCACUUCUACUUCAACAAGACCAAGGGCUUCCCCUGCCUGAAGAAGGCCGAGGGCAGCAGCAAACCCCACUGCCUGGGCAAGACCAAGGGCAGGACCCACCCGGAGAUCGACCGCGAGGUGGUGCAGAGACUGCGGGACUUCUACCGGCCUUUCAACCUCAAGUUCUACCAGAUGACGGGGCACGACUUUGGCUGGGAUGGAUAACAAUAUAAUUUAAAAAGAAAAAAUAAUAUCAAAAUAUAAUAUAUUUUUUUACCAAUCGGUAGAGAAAAGGCAGUUUAAUAUUUGUGCUGAAAAUAUUGGUUUCAGUAUUUUUUUCAAUGAAUGUUAAAAGAGAGUUCUCACCUCCACCCUGAUCUUCGUGUUUAACAGACACCAAACAGUUGGAUAAACAAAAAAAGAAAACUUUACUCAUCUAAAUACUUCCAAUUUUUAUUUUAUGUUUUAUAUACAUAAUUAUAAA